CUGAGGGGUGAAGAGGACUUGGCACAGCAAGCAGCUUGAAGCUUGCAACACAUGCAAACACAAAACUACACCCAAGUGAUGAAACACUGCAGACAAGAGACUUAAAUACAUAGAGGAACAGGUGAAAGUAAUAAUACAAUACAAUCAGGGUGAGACCAAACAGACAAAAUUGUGACAAUAGGAUAGGGAAACUGGCCUCUGGUGGACAGAAGUUGUAAUUGUGACGUAGUUAAAUAUUAAAUGCAGACCAUGCAGGAUUUUUUACUUGAAAAUAUAAUAAAAUAACCAUGCUAAGGCAUAUCUGUGAUGCACUGGCAAUCUAUGUCUUUGCUUAGCUUUACCAAAUUUCUUCUCUUUUCACCUGUGGGCAUGGCACUCUUUUCUGUGUGGAGAGGCAUGUGGCUACUCACAUGUGGUUUGGGAUCAGAUUCCAGAAAUGUUUGGUGUUUGUUAGCUGCUGCAAUGACAGUUGCUAAGAAACCUGAAUACAACAAAGCAAAAAGACAAGCUGACAGGGCUUGGAAUUGCUUUUCCUCUGUGGCAUCAGCUGAAGUUCGCCAAGGGGAUGAAAAUCGAUGCAGGCUUGUUUUCUGUUGGACCUGUGGUUCCCCAGUUAGUCUACCAAUAAACCCUAAUCAACACUAUCACAGCAUUGGGGAUGCAGGAGCACCAGAGGGACAGGAGGAUAGAGACUUGGCUGUCCACCCAGCAGACCACGUCCCCCAUCCAGCACACACCCCCGGGGUUCCUGGAGCCUGUCCUGGUGACGUAGCUACGGUUGCUGCUACAGAUGGGACCUCAACAGCUGCCCAACUGCAGGGCCCCACGAAUCCUCCUCAGAACAGUCUCCCACACUUCACAGAAGAUCCCCCACCCUACUCCACAAUUGAUCCCAAAAUGGCAUAUCUCAUUUAUCAACCCACAUCGCCCCACCACCCAGGACAGCCAGCCAUCGCCUACCAGCCAGGACCCGACCACCCAGCCUUUUACCAGUCACAAUUCAUGCCCUCUCCAAACUGCACCCCUUACACAAUUUACAUGACCAGUCGUCCACCAGACCAGGAGCAGAUGUCCCUGCCCAAGGAUUACCUGGUGGAGUCCCUGCUGGUCACCAUCUUCUGCUGCCUGAUGAGCGGGCUCAUCGCUCUCAUGUACUCUUAUGAGGCACGUGCUGCCCUGGCCCGUGGGGAUCUCAGAGAGGGGGAGAGGGCGUCCCAGAGGGCCCGGCUGCUGGUACUGUUCAGCCUGCUGUUCGGGAUCUUUGUGUGUGUGGCCUGGAUCAUAUAUGUGGUGGUGGCCCUCUGUGCCUAGUGAUGCCGAAGGGGAUGUUUGCCCAUCCAAAGUCCAGCGGGGGUCUCUACGCACCUGGUUUUAACCGUCAUCACAGUACCAUACUCACAAAUUCCCAGUCUAUUCAUCUUCAUACAUAUAGACCAAUAGGAAUACUGUAAUUCACGUGAAAACAUGCUGGGGUGUCUGAUAACUUGUAAAAUGUUUUACCUGGUUACCUACCUAACUAUAUAAAUAAAGAUAUACAGCAUAUGCACUGCCAGAGUCUUAAGAAGAAUAAAACCAACCAAGUAAAACCUCCCACCUAAUUGAAAUCAUAAAUAUUAAGCAUGUAUUGUGGGGAACAAUGGUUUAGGUGGUCACAAAAAACAAAAGGAUGGAUUUUUUGACAUGUCUCUUUUGAAGUAUAUGCACUUGGCACUUACUUGAAAUGUACUCCAGAAUUUUAGCACUUUUGGUCAACUGCGUUUUUGUUCUUUUUAAAUAAAUGAUGACCAGCA